UUGAUGGAGACUGCCCUUCCUCUCUCGCUGCUUCCCUCCCUCUUGUCUUGCCAGGCUGUAGCAGCGAUUCCAGCAUCCCCAUCCUCUGUAUCAUCGCAGGGAUGCUCGGCAGUAUCCAUGGUCUCACACAAACGUUUCCCGUUCCUUCAACCGAGUAUCAAUCUAAUGGUUGAGCACUCCAAUAUCUCCAUUAAGCGUAUUUUUGUUGACUCUUGCACCUGGCUGUGGCUGCUUGGCUCUAUCUCCUCCCUGGUCAGAGGAAAUGGAAGUGCUGCAGCGGCUGCAGUCUCGCAGACCCGAGGGCGAGCAGCAGCGGACAAACAGCGCCAGGAGGGCCCGGGGGCUGCGGGGCGGCAGCGUGACAAUGUGUUGCCAGCAGGGAAAUGGGUGCUCCUCUCCUGCACACUCCCACUAAGGAUGGUGUCCUACCCCCUUUCCUUGGGGUGGUACAACUGCCCUGAUAUGAAUUAUGGGGAUGUGCCCUUUAUGAGAAGAUUCUUCACUGAUUCCUUUUAUACAGAAGAGGCUGAAGUUGAGGGUUUGACCUUAAACACCAGUGAAAGAUCAAGCUCACCUGUCCAGACGUGGGUUACGCACUGCCUGGCCGUGGUGGGGACAAGAUCUGGCCAGCACUGCCAGGCCACGGUGAGGAUGAGGUCUGGGCAGCCCUGUCUGUAGCUCUUGCCUGGUUUCCUGCUGCCUGCUGGAUGGUGAGUGAUGUGGUAAAUCAGCUGUCACUUAGCAACGCUGCCGGCUGGGGAGCAGCGGCAGGUUUUGGUGCAGGAGCGACGCCUGCAAGGCUGU